CCAAACAUAAGCAGUACUGCCUCAUAUGAUUAGAGUCCUUAACUUCCACUCCAUCACUUUGAGAAGUUGGUACUAGCUAUGGAACAUUUUGAUUCUCAAGGGUCUUUUUCUACUUCUAGAGAUGAAAAGGUUGAACCCAUUGAGCUGUUGGAAGAAAACUGGUUUUUUAAUAACUUGUUUCAUAGAAGGAGAAGCAUGGUUAGAUGUGCUUCUGAUCCUACCCCUUUGUGCAGUAGCUCGACAGAGAUGGCUGUUAGGAGCCCUGGUGGUGACAAGAGGUCCUCGUCCAUAACUGAAGUGGCUAUGGAUGAUUAUUGUGCCGUCUCUAGUAAUUUUCUUCGAACACCAUCGUUGCCAACUUGUAUAGGGAAGCCUCAACCAGCUGAAAUGGAUCAAAGCAACCAACAAACAUUAGCUAGCACUUCAGAGUUCUUACUGCCUCAAGGAACCUCCAAGAGCAUGAUGCAGGGCACUAGUGUUGGGAGGCAUAGAGUGCAUAAGGAAUCAAAGGCUGAUAGUCCAAAUAAGGAUAUUGAGAACCCAUAUGAUAAAGAAUCUUAUUCAGUGACUGAACUUUGGAAUGAUGCUCUGGAAGAAGGCCGGCGUGGAUCCAGAAGAUUUAUGGGGCAGGCAUCGCUUAACCCUUCAAGAGUCUUGACAUUGCAGCAUAACUCUAAGACAAUCACACCAAGUCCUUACAUUCAAAGGUACCGUACGCCGCGAAGAGAAAUAAAGGAAGACAAUGAGAGUCACCAUUCUUGUUCAAGUGGAGACAUGAGUAGGACUCUAAGUCGCUGGAAGACAAUGAGUGAUCUUGAGAUUGAGGAAUUACAAGGUUUCAUGGACUUGGGUUUCAAAUUCAACAAGGAAGACCUGAACCCAAGUGUGGUGAACAUAAUUCCUGGACUGAAAGUAAGGAGUGAAGCAAACUGGGAUGAAGACAAGGUGAGUAGACCUUAUCUGUCUGAAGCAUGGCUUGUAAAAAGAUCAGCUCCUCUAAUGCCCAAUUGGGUUGAUAGGAGAUCAGCAGGAGACAUGAAGGAACAACUCAAAUUUUGGGCACAGGCUGUGGCAUCUAAUGUGCGUCAGGAAUGCUAAAUCAAUAACCCCCGCAAUUUUUUAUUAAUUAAUUUGAUUAAAUUAGCUAUUUAUAAGUUUGGGUGUCAACCUUUAACAACCCUACCACCUCCCACUGCUCCCCAUACCCCUCUAAAAAAAAAAAAAUUAUUAUCCCUCUAGUCCUAUAUAUUUAACUUUGUGGUAUGGAGUAAAAGAGGUUGUUACGGCCUUAUGGGCUUAUGGGUGUUCUUUAUUAUUUGGGUGAAAAUGGGCCUAUGGGUGUUGAAAAG